CCGCCAGGGCAGGAGGAAGGGGGCUUGCGCUGGGGAAGGGCUGCGUCCUGGGGGCAGGACCGUCCAGUGAGGGAGGAUAUGUCCUGGGGGGUAAGGCGCACCCUUGGGGGCCUCGUCCUUGGGAUGGGAGCGUCCUGGGGGAGGAAGCGUGCUGAGGAGGAGCACGUCCUGGAGGAGCACGACCUGAGGGAUGGCACCUGGUGGGUGGGAGGGAGGAGCAUCCUAAGGGGCUGAGAGCACGACCUGCGGGAGGGCGCCUCCUGGGGGCGGGCUCUUUGCGGGCCCACCCCCGCUUGGGCUCCUCCCCCGGGCGCCCCUAGCGCCCCCAGCGGGGACGCAGCUGUACGGCGCGCUGCAGCUGGACGGUGCGCCACAGCUGGACCGCGCGCCACAGCUGGCCAGCCAUGGAGACGAGAGCGCGGCGGCGCCCUCACCUUCUUCCGCUACUGCUGCUGCUGCUCUGCGGGGAGUGUCCCGCAGUGGGAGGCUGCAAUGAGAAGCGCAUGCUGGCCAUGCUGCCCCGGUGCGGCCAGACCUUCGCGGAAAGGAUGAAGAAUGUGGAGGUCUGGAAGUGGUGCAACCUGUCGGAGUUCAUCGUGUACUACGAGAGCUUUACCAACUGCACCGAGGUGGAGGCCAACACCUUGGGCUGCUACUGGCCCAACCCCUUGGCGGAGAGCUUCAUCGCCGGGGUCCACAGGCGGUUCUUCCAAAACUGCUCGGCGGACAGGCAACACUGGCAGGACCCCCCAGACGAGAUUCUCAUCCCGCUCAUCGCCGUGCCCAUCCUGCUGACCAUCGCCAUGACCGGCGUGGUGGUGUGGCGCAGCAAACGCACCGACCAGGUGGUGUGAGGGCCCGGUGAGUCCGAGGGGCCACGUCUGGAGAGACGGAAGAAGGCUCGCCAGGGCCGAGAGAGCCGGUGGACACUGCUUCGGCUGCCCCCCACCUUGCCUGCGCGGCCUCGGGCUGGUGAAAGAAAAGCUCCCUGCCGCUGGGCACGAAUCCCCGCUGCUUCGCCCGCGCUGUCCCAGGCUGGGCUGGGGCCUCCGGGGUUCUUAGCACCGAGUCCCGUGGGGCCGCAGCCACGGCGUCACCCUGACCCUGCCUCCCAACUGACUCUACCCCUGGCCCCACCCCAGCCCUGACUCCACCCCUUGGCUCUGACACCACUUCUGGCCCUGACUCCGCCCCUGGACCCGACCCAGCCCUGCUCUGACUCCACCUCCCCAGCGCUUGCUUUGACUCCAUUUCCGGCCCUGACCCCACCCCCAGCCCUGACCCCACCUCCCACUCUGACUCCACCCCCAGCCCUGGCCCCACCCUGGCACUGCCGUAUUCCCACCUGGCUGGGGGUAGGGGGAAGAGUGUGUGGGAGGGGGCUUUUGUAGGUCCUCGCUUUGCAGGCCUUGAGUUCUCUUGGUGGGGAGCCCACCUAGAGAGAAUCUGGAAGACUGAGGGUUGGGCUGGGGGUUCCAAGGAGCUACAGCACAGCCUGAGACCUGCUGUCUGUGGCCACAACCAGGGGCUGGAGCUGGGGUGGGCCUCCUUCCUAAUGUGCCCCCCGCUGUGAGCAAGGCCUCGGGGUGGGGUCCUGUGUGCUCUCGUUCUGGCUGAGCUCUGUCCGCCGUGUCUGUGCUUUCUCUGAGUAAAGAGUCAUGCUACUUCUGGGGUUUCCAGCUUUAUUUCCGGGAAUUCACAGAGUCCCCGCCUGGCCUCUUAGAAUUGGCAAGUCCCCUAUGCCCAUUUUACAGGUGGAGUGACUGAGGCUCCAGAAUGUCACAGCUCUGAGCAGCGAAGAGAGCUUCUUACCAGGGGAAUGUGGGCAGGCAGGGGGGAUCUGCCCCUCCAGCUCUCAGAGGUUUUGUGCUUCCCUGUGCUUUGAGGAUGGAGGGCAGACUUUAUCUUUCCAGCAUUUCGA